AUGACUGUUCCGUUGGCCUUCCAUCAUCACGUUGCAGUAGUAGGUGGCGGAAUCACCGGAGCAUGCGCGGCAUCCACUUUUGCCAGUCGGAAUAUUAAAGUCGACGUGUUCGACCAAGGUCGCAGUGGCCCAGGCGGUCGCGCCAGUCACCGUGUCACGGAAGAAGCAAAAUUGGAAUGGGACCACGGCUGUCAGUUCUUCCGGGCCGAUACAGAACGAUUCCGACAAAAAGUCGAGGGAUGGAUUGAAGGGGGCAUGUGCCAAGAAUGGUUCGGAAAAUUCGGGCAAGAUUCCAGCUCGGCAGACUUUUUUGGUCUCCCCGGCAAGCCGCCGUUUUUUGUUGGUAUGAAGGGUCUAAUCGAUUCUUUACUCAAUGAAGAAGGAAUUCAUGUGUAUAGCGAUCAGCGUGUAAGUAGCUUAGAAAGAGAAGGAAAGGUAUGGAAACUGCUUGGAGUGCACGGUGAAGCUGCGUUUCAUGACACUUCCGUGGAAGCGAAACCACAGCCAAUUGGCUCAACAAACGGCUACGAUGCUGUAGUUUUGACCGAUGUCAGCUCAUCUUUUGAUUCUUGGCACCGUGCGUCAGCCGGUGUACCCGCUGCCUUUGCGGCUCGAGUGAGAGAACGUGCAGGAUCUCGCGUUCCCCUUUUUUCCGCCAUGGUGGCUUUCGAACAGCCCUCUCAAAUCCCUUUCGAUGCAACUGCUUUUGACCAGAACGAGUCGAUCUGGUUUGCAGCUAAGACAAACAGCAAGCCAGGAAUGGGAGCACUUGAGCAGGAAUGCUGGACGAUUAUUUCUACUCCCGAGUAUGCCAUGCGCCAAAUUUCGGAGAUUCAAAUGCAAGACAAAGAAACAGGAGCAUUUCAACCGCAAACACGGGAAUAUCUGACGUCUGUACCUGGUCCUGAUUUAGAAAGAUCUUUUCGUAGCUCACUUAAAUCACAAUGGAAGGUUGAUCUACCCAAGGUUAGCUUUUUGAGUGCUCAACGAUGGGGUUCGGCACUGCCGGCGCAUCGUCUUGUGAACACUUCUUCCGACACAAGACAAAUCAUUGCCGGAGUAGCUUACGACUCAAAACGAGGCUGCCUCGCGCCAACUGAGGCAGAAGCUGGUACACAAUCUUUCUUGGCUGAUGAUGGCUUGAUGCUCUUUCAAGCUGGCGAUAUGGUGUCUUCCUACUCACCAGGAUUUGAAGGGGCAGCAAUCUCUGGUAUGGAUGCUGCAGAACAUAUAUUUGGGGUCUAUAUUUCUUCGAUCAUCGCUGGCACAACUCCUGCGAAUCUCUCCUUCGAGGAAGAAUAUUUCGCAAACAAAUUUUUUUUGAGAGCACUAUUUCACUCGAAUCGCCCCGCAAUGCUACUUAAUCAUAGUCGAUCCAUGAAGGACUCUGCAUCGCAAAUGAAGAUAUCUUUUCGAUCAUGCUGGGGAAUACAUGACAAGUGUAUUGACACACACCUGAACAAUGAUAGCUGUUCCGGUGCUCAAUCUUUGUCCGUCGCUGGCCGUAUCCUCUCCUCUACGGGCCAUUGCUUGCAUGGAGCUGAAGGCAUCAAAAACAUGCAGAGAAACUAA